UCUAAUCUGCACAGCCACCCGUCCGCAUGAUCCCGAGACACAGCAGGUUUCACCAGCCAGCUGUUGGAUUAUUGCCACAGUACUAUCUCAUCGGGGAAGGCGUGUCACUCCCCGAAUUACUCAGCGCCCCUUUGUCCUCGAUCGGUGCCCAGCCAGCGACACUCAUGGCGGCUGCACCCGUCAGGCAGCGCUCAGGGCCAGGGGGACCCCGGGCGCAGCUCCCGCCCUGCUACUACGAAGGAUACCUGGAAAAGCGAGGACCGAAAGAAAAGGCGUCCAGGCGACUGUGGACCUGUCUGUGUGGGAAUUCUUUGUAUUUCUUCAAUAAUGCCAAGGAUAGCCAUUAUGUGGAGAAGCUGGACCUCAGUGGGUUUGUGUCCCUGAAGGACGACUGCAGCCGGGACAGAAACCUGGAGGCAGCCAGACUCAUCCUGCGCAUGAAGGAUGGAGAGACCAAACUCACAGCGCCUAACUUGGAAUCAAGGGAGCUGUGGAAAGGUUUCCUCUACUCUGUUGUAGAUCUGAAUGUACCGUCCUGUCUCACAUUGCUGCCGGGCCAGCUGCAGAUGCUGAAGGAGGUUGUGGACAAAGAAAGGUCCAGGAGGAGAACCCGCACUCCUACACGCGCUCCUCCCUCACCCCUCUCCGUGCCUUUAGUAGGAGAGAUCCCACCGUGUUUCCGACCGGUGUCUCGAACAGAGGCUGAAGUCCUUUUAGAGAGACACCCAGACUGUGGCAACAUGUUGCUCCGUCCAGGCAGAGACGGGUGCUCAUUGGCCGUCACUACUCGGCAGGACCUCAAUGGGUCAGUGUUUAGACAUUACCGUGUGACUCAGAGGGACCAAGGGGGUUAUGUCAUCGAUGUAGAAAAUCCUAUUCCCUGUGCUACACUUCAUGAGGUCAUCGACGCUCUGGUAGAGAAGACAGCAGGAACUCUGCAGCCUUUCCUACUGGAGGAGCCUUACGAAGAGAAUAUCACAUAUGUUUCUGCCAAUGAUGAGAAUGGAGAAAGGAUACUUCACACUGCCCCCUCCAGCCCCCUGCCAAAGGCUCCUGCCCUGCCUCCAAAACAAGAUCGUUGGCCCAGCAGCCCCCUGACCAGGUCUCCCGCCCCGGACCGGCGUAUCCUGACUUCUUCAGUGCCGGCCUCGCCCACCAACCCGAUGAGACGACUCAUCCUCUCCCCUUCACCUCUUGCACAGACACUCAAUGAGGAACUCAAAAUGAAGCUGGAGAUGAGACGAGCCAGUCAGGAGUGAUUUACUCAUCAUAAGGAACAACUUUCCUGUCACAGCAUUAUUAAUCUUCAGUGCCAAAACCCCUUGUCACCGCAGCUAUGUAUUCAUCCUGUGCCUUCUAGGUGGAAGACAAGGGACUGCAAAUACCACCACUUUCUUUUAGGGAGACACAACAUGUUGGACUGAUUAAAUGGACUCUGGUUAGCUCCUUAAGAGCAAGACUGGCUGGUAAACACCGGAUUAGGUUAAUAAAACGUCUUGGUUGGGGUAGCAGUCCACUAGAGCUUUGUCCACUUGCAUAAAGCGGUUUAUAAACUGUGUCUGAGCAAAACAUUUGCCACUACAAAUGAUUUACCUUCAGAAUACAGUCCACACUGAAUCAAUAUAACUGGCAGCUAAAAAAGGACUGACACAUACUGGACCACCAACUGAGCCUGAUGUUUUCUCGUCUGAGCUGCUGAUGUUACUGCUGCAACACUGGAGACUAAGAACAAACAAACCACAGACUGCCGAGAUCAACACCGGAGCAGACAAACUCUAACCUGAGACCUGAGACUCUUUAUCUGCUCUGAAAGUAAAAUAAGUCAGGCAUGAUCGGGUUUCAGCCGAGCAAUUCUCUUCAUUCAACUUCAUCAUAUGUAACAUGACUGAAAAAAAAAUCUUCUAAAUACGGUCGAGCUGGCCAGCAAAAUGAAAACUGCACAAUCUCUGCCUGCUGCUCAUGAGUGCUAUUUGUGAUGGAUAAGCAACCGUUAAUGUAUUGUUGAUUCAAUGACACUGUUGUGGCUAAUUUAUGACGCAACUGUAACCGUACUGUUGGUGCUUUUUUUUUUUUAAGUGUUUCCUUAUUCUCUGCUAAUGUGUUCGUGCUACUGUAUGGUGCUAUGACUCACCUGGAAACUACAGGUGAUUUCUGUUCCUCCUCUUCAAGAAAAUAAAGCUACUGUAUUCAUAUAUGAGAGUGCCCUCUAGUGGAAUGGCUGUUAACUAAAGGGACAGAAACCUUAUCAGCACACAGUCUUUGGGUAUUAACUCUAGUACAACACUUUUAUGUUUCAAACUGAACCCAGCAAAGACUUUAUUGCGGUGUUACACCACGCCCUACCUCUCUACCUUUAAUAACAAAAUGAUCAUUUACUACAGGUCUGAAGGGGCUUAAACAAUAACAACAUGUAUUUCUACAUUGGCAUUUGUCAAUUGGCCAGUAGAUUUGAAGUGUCUGAGUACUCGUGGCAAACUGUGAUCAAUAAGUGUCCUCUUACAACAAACAGUGUCUUGUAUGUCUGUACCUGAUGUGUUGUGUCUACUCGAUCACUAUCAAGGAAUAGUGUUUGUUAGAUAUCAAGGGCAUUAAAUGGUUUUGCAUGGA